AUGCUGCGGCUGCGCUGCAAGGCCCGCAGCGGCACCCACCCGCUGCCCGGCCUCACGGCCCACUCCCGCCUUCGCGACAUGCAGGCAGCCCUGGCUGCCCUCACUGGCGUCCCCGCCACGGCCCAGCGCCUCCUGCUGGGUUUCCCGCCGCGGAGCCUGGACCUUAGCGACGGCGAGAGGAGGCUCGGUGACCUCGGGAUCCACUCGGGCGACACGCUCAUAGUUGAAGAGGACACUUCCAAACCCAAGCCUGACUCGCCUGUAGUUGCCAAGAGAACGAUGUCUCACUCUCUGAGGGAAGCUGUGCCCGUGCUGGCCAGGAGGGUUGUUCCAGCAGAUAACUCCUGCCUCUUCACCAGUGUGUACUACGUGGUGGAGGGAGGUGUGUACGACCCGGGCUGCGCCCCGGAGAUGCGCAGCCUCAUAGCCCAGAUCGUGGCGAGCGAUCCCGAGUCUUACUGCGAGGCAGUCCUAGGGAAAACCAACAGGGAAUAUUGUGACUGGAUCCGAAAAGAGGAGACUUGGGGAGGAGCCAUCGAGGUGUCCAUUUUAUCCAAGUUUUACCAGUGUGAAAUCUGUGUGGUGGACACCCAGACGGUCCGAAUCGACCGCUUCGGGGAGGAUGCCGGCUACACGAAGAGAGUCCUCCUCAUUUAUGAUGGGAUCCAUUAUGAUCCACUUGAGAGGAAAAUCCCUGACACGGACAUUCCUCCCCAGACCAUUUUCUCCACCACUGAUGACGUUGUUCUUGCACAAGCCCUGGAGCUGGCGGACGAAGCCAGGAGGAAGAGGCAGUUCACCGACGUGAAUCGCUUCACGCUGAGGUGCAUGGUGUGCCAGAAGGGACUGACUGGGCAGGUGGAAGCCAGGGAGCAUGCCAAGGAGACUGGACACACCAACUUUGGAGAGGUGUGA